CCUCAGGUGUGCGUGAGAUCGCAGCAUGCAUUCGGUCCACGCAGAGAUGUGGGACCCCCAGCCCCCGUCUAAACAUGCCUCGCCCCUCCCCCCGCGGCCUCCCGCCCAUGUGACCACAGCCAGCCCUGCCAAGCGGAUCACCUUCUACAAAAGCGGCGACAGCCAGUUCGGGGGCGUCAGGAUGGCCAUCCACAAGCGCAGCUUCAAAUGCUUCGACGCCCUGCUGGACGACCUUUCCCAAAAGGUGCCCCUGCCAUUUGGCGUGCGAACCGUGACCACUCCCCGCGGCACCCAUGCCAUCAAACACCUGGAGCAGCUCCAGGACGGCGGCUGCUACCUCUGCUCUGACCAGCGCCAGGCUAAGCCAGUCAACAUGGAGCUGGCCGGCAAGCGUCCGAGCAUCUGGUACCAUCACAGCCGGAGGCCCCAGCGGCCCGAGACCUCGUCCGCGACGCCGCCCAGCCAUUCCUCUCACAGGCAGCGACGGAUCCUGCUGGUGAAGAACAGCGAGCCGGGCAUGAGGAGGAGCCUGGUGCUCAGCAGGAGGUCCACCAGGAGCCUGAGGGCCUUUCUGGAUGAGGUGUCCGAGGUGAUGCAGUUUCAUGUCUGCAAGCUCUACACUGCUGAGGGACGCAAGAUUGACAGCGUGCAAAGCCUCAUGACUUGUCCUGGUGUGUUGGUGUGUGUCGGCCGGGAAGCCUUCAGCCCAGUGCUGGUGAACUUUAUCAGGAAGAGCUCAGAGGAAAAACUGCCCGGUCUGGGCAGCAGGUCUCCCUGUCUAGGCCCCAGGACUCCUGGUAACGGAGCCCGAUCUCCUGCUGCUCAAGGAGCGAGAUCGCCACCUCAUGGAGCUCAGUCCAGAGCCAGCGAUAACAGUGAAGGGCCUGAAAGCAGGAAGAAUGUAAACUUUGGUCUGGAAACCAAAAAAAGCAUCAUCCACCCUCGUUCGGAUUCCUCAAACCGCUCAACCCGUUUUUCCUUGUCUUCAGAGAAGUCGUAUGGCAAUGGUGUCGGCGCAUACUCCCACUCCAGACCGGCUAUUAUGAACGACGACAUUGAAAAGCGGGUCCUGGUCAAUAAAGACGGCAGCCUCUCAGUAGAGAUGAGGGUGCGUUUUCGCCUACACAAUGACGAGACCCUCCGGUGGUCUACACAAGUAAAAAAAUCCCCAUCUCUGACUAAUGAAUGCUGCCCCCUGAGCCAGACCCAGUCCCAUUACCUGCAGCAGGGCCAAUCAGAGAGCUGCUCUGACCCUGAUUCCGCAUCCUUCAACCCUGAAGGUGUGGACUAUUCCAACCAACCUCCGCAAUGUGUGUUGGAGGGGAACAACUGUCCCUGCUGCUAUCAGAGGCCGGAACAGCAGUACGACUUGUGGGAAAACCCAGCACACAGCCACAGAAAGCCUCCUGUCCCUCCCCCGCAUGCAUCCUGCCACACCCGCACUGUGAUUCGACACACACACUCUUCUAGCUCUUCCUCAUCGUGUAAUUCCAGGAGGGUGGUGCGCUGUCGAGCACGGGUUUCCAACCGCGGAGGAGGUUCGGAGCAGAGCCGACUGGUGCAGGAGGAGAUGUUUGAGACGGAGCAGGUUGAGCGCAGAGUGGAGGUGGAGCAGGAUGAAGAAUCCCAUAUCGAGGUGUGCAGAGUGAGCCGAUGCUGCAGCCGAAGUGAAGUAGUUAGCAGGAAGUCAGUAGAGGAUGAGCUAAUGAUGGAGGAAGAGGUAGGGCGUGCCCCGUCUGUUACCAGUAGCUCCUCACAUGUCCUUCAAUCGCUGAAAGAGGACCAGGAUGAUGACCUGCCACCCAGCGCCUCACAGUGCUGUCAUAGCAACGAACCAUCUCCCUCCCCAAACUCACAGACUCGCCUGAAUGACAAACCAACAAGCAACAUCUCGGCCAGUUCUGUCCACGCUACAGAACACAAGAAGGGCGAUGAGGAGACAGGAAGCAGAGCCGUAUCUGCGGCCUCUUCCAGUCACUGCGGAGCAGCCGACCCGCAUUUAACAGCCGAAGCGGAGGAGAUGGAUCGAGCUCCCAGCUCUAAGUCCAAAGCGAGUAGAGCCUCUUGCAGGUCCAGCAAGGCCAAGAUCGCAAAUUCAGAGGAAGAGGGGGCUACAGAUGAUGAGGAUGAAGAAGUAAACAGGGUUGUCAGUGGCUUGUCUGGUCACACUGGACUUUCUCUGCAGUCAAGGUCAUCCAGUGUAUGUCUCGAUUGUGGUGGAUGCAAACGCGGGGUCAACUCUAAAUCUAACAGUAGAGCAUCACAGAAGUCCCAUCAUUCCAAACGAGCCUCUCCAAAGCUCUCAACACCUCUAUCCAGCCAAGAGAAUGCAAAUGAUGGCAGCGAUGAUGAUGGCUCCGAAGGUUCGGCUGUGUCAACGCAAUCUAACAAGACCAACCUCAGCAGCAAUGGCCGCUGCUCUGCAACAUCAAACGUCCUGACGGGCAGCGCAGCUCGUGCCAUGUCCAGAACGUCCAGAAUGUCCAAUCCGGAGUUGGCAGGAAAAGAGGAAGUUAGGGCUCCUAGUGCCACCUCAGCUACAAGUCACAGGUCCAAUAGAUCACACAAGUCUGGCUGUAAAGGCAGUGGUGCAGCAGAAAAAGAGGAGGGGAGAAGCCCCAGUGCUGUGUCGGCUCAGUCCAACAUGUCCGCCAAGUCCAGCAGGUCUCACAAGUCCAACUGCAGUGCAACAGUUGACAUAAAGACAAGAGAGGAGGCAGAGGGAGAGAACACUGUGGAGAGAGCACGGAGCUCCUUGUCAGCCAAAUCUGGUGCUUCGGCAAAGACCAUUGCUUCAGUCAAGAUAAGAACUAAAUUUGCCUCCCCAACUGACAAUACAGCUGUGAAGGAGGAUGACAGUAACAAAAGAACUCCCAGUGCACUUUCUGUUAAGCCUGGCACGGCGCAAAGACCUGAUAGCGUCCUAUCUGCUAAAUCAGCUAAAUCAAAUGUGUCAGCAAAGUCCGGCACAUCUCACAGGUCCACUUGCAGUCACUGUGCGAGAGCAGUAUCUCCAGCUGAUGAACCUGAAGCAACUGGACAGGAAGAAGGAAUUGAGGCAGAAGAGCGAGCGGCGAGUGCCAUGUCAGCCGGAUCCAAUCUUUCUGCCAAGUCCAAUAAAUCCCAUAACUCCACCAAAGCUCCGGAAAGGUCCCUUUCUCCCAGGUCUGAAACUGGAGAAGACGGAGAAGGAAGGGCAGCGAGUCAAGUUUCUGGCAGAUCAGUCAAUUCUUCAACGCCAUGCAAGUCCAACGAUGAAAUGGCGGCAUCUCCAAGCUCCAGGGAAAAUGAGAUGGAAGAAGAUGAACAGCAGAGUUCUGAAAGUGUAAUAUCAGCUAAAUCAGCCUCCUCUGCAAAGUCUCGCCGAACAAAUUCUCCAUCCAAAGAUGAGGACAGAACCCCCAGCGUCAUUUCGGGGAAAUCGCACACCUCUGCGAAGUCAUCCAAGUCACAGAAGUCGAACCGGACCGCAGCAUCUCCAAAUCCAAAUGAAGCUGAUAUUCCUUCUGCUGAGACGAAUGGAGAAGCGGACCAAAAUGAAAAUGGCCGGGUGCCCAGUGUCAUCUCUGUCAAGUCAAAAUCAUCAGUGAGGUCCCGUACUUCUCACAAGUCCAGCAAGAACCUAAAACCGGUGUUGCCGAAUCGAAAUGUCACCAUUAAAUCACCAGAGGGGGUUGAUGAGGAAGGAAAUGAGACAACAGAGAGAGCACAGAGCGCUGCAUCAGUUAAAUCUAACGUUUCGACUUCAUCUCAUAAAUCCAAUCGCAACGGAACAGCUGCGAUUGAUGUUGAAACAGCAGAUGAAAAUGUUGUGGAAGACAAUGCACCAAGAAGUAAAUCUCAGGGCCAAAUGCUCUCACCCAGGAGUACAUGUCCAUCGCGGACCCGCUCACACAAAGCUGCAUCCCCGGUGCAACAGUUGUUGCCUGGCUCCAGUGUUGGAGAGACAAGAGGGCCCAGUGCCUUGUCGGUUCUCUCCACAACCUCUGCAAAGUCCGUCAAAUCCAAAUGCAGCUGUGGGGCAGCUUCAGCAAAGGAUGAAAAGGAGGAGAAGGAAAAGCAAGAUAAUGAGGAGCUGGAAAAUGAGGCGGAUUCUGAUCGGGCUGCCAGCAUCCUGUCGUCCUCAACCAAAAGGUCGAGAAGAGAAUCAGGAGGCACCGAGCAACCGCUGACUCGAAACUCUUCAGGGUCAGUAUCUCUUGGGUUGCCAGAAGACCAAGACACAGCUGACUCAGACAGCGGUAAGUCCAGUGUUUCUUUUCACACAAACGCUGAGAGAAAGAGCAGAGUGAAGACAGCAACUCCUCAUGUCCCCAAAAGCACAGAGCAGACUUCUACGAAGGAAGAAAGGGAGGGAACAGGGUCCAUCGUGUCUCAAAAGUCCGGCAGUAAAACCACUCACAAUCACCCAGCAGUCGAUAUCCCGACUAUCGAAACACCAGGAGGGAGUCAGCACAAAGGUGAAGAAGGUGGAGGGCAAACAACAGAAAGAGGAGCCAGUGCAUUUUCAGCCAAAAGCAGCAGGUCCCACAAGUCGUCUUGUAACUGUGGUGUCAAAGCAGCAGCUCAAACUGAAGCAGGAAAUGACCUAGAAACAGGAAGUGUGAAGUCUGUUUCAUCGAUUAGCAAUGGUGACGGAGACAAUGACGCUGAAAAUCAGGCCAUCAGUAGACCAGCUAGUAAGGCCAACGGGAAAGAGGAUACUGCAGACAACAAGGCAGCUAGUGUCCACUCCGUUCAAUCAGGGUCAACAAUAAAAGCCUCAGAGGAGAGCAAAGGAAAGGAUUCAGUCAAAGAUCACAAGGCCAAAUCCAGUGGCAGUGUCAAAAUGUCCAGUUCUCAAAAGAAAGAAAUCAAAUCCUUGAGCCCCUGUCCUAUCCACAGUCCCAGACCAGGCAGCAAAGUGGACACACAUAGUGAGAGCACCCUUUCUCACUCUCUGUCCGCCGCUGACACGCUGAAGGAAACCAUGACUGCUGCACGGCCACACAGCCGACAAUCAAAGGCCAGUAAAACCAGUGCGAAGCCCACGACUAAAAGGUGUGAGAGGAGCAGGAGCCGGACGGAUCAGGAGGAGCUGGAGCUUUUACCUGCCUGUCUGCCCAACGCUUCCCCCAAUGAGGUUGUCAGCGACUGGCUGCGGAGCAUUCCCGCAAACAGCAGCAUGCUGGUGCUUGGUGAUGAGCUGAACGAGGAGGUGGCGGAAGAAAAACUCGCAGAGGAGGAAGUAAAGGAGGAAGAGGGUCUCGGUAAAGUUGAGGAACAGGAGAAAGUGGAGGCCGAAGAGGGAGGAGAGAGAGAGGAGGGAGCCGGAUGCGAUGCAACAGAGGAGGAGCAGAGUUCAGAUCCAGCUCCAGGUGAUCCAGUGGAGGCGUCUUCUCGCCCCAAAACCCUGUUGUUGAGCGAUGACUCUCUGCCCAGGAGCAUGCGUUCCUCAGCCGCAGUGAUGAAAGUUCUCCUGAGGUGCUCUCUGGGUCGUUGUCAGAGCAUGCCAGAGGUGUCUCCAGUUUAUGGGCGUAGACUGAGCACAUCAGCCAGGGGUCUCUUGGACUGUUUGGCCCAGCUCCAGCUCAUUGAGCCAACAUUGAGCCCUGGCUUUGACCCACAGAAGGACCAGCACUAUGAGGAUAUUAUGACCAUCCUUCAGUCCCUCUGGCUCACUGAACCCAGGAACCCUGAGACAGAGCAGGCCAAGGACGUUGGCACAGAGCAGGUGUCUCCGCCGAGGUCCUCAUCCGGGUUGGGAAUGAGCAGUGGCUCGGGCGGAUCAGGGAAGGAGAAUGGAAACCAACCAAGCAAAACAAAAGAGGCCUCUUUACAUGAGGAUAGGGGAGUGGAGAAGGUUGUCAUAGAGGAGACAGACGUAGUAGAGGAACCGGCACAAAGUGACGAACAAAGUUCAGUCCUUCCAAGUCUGGACAGCCCAAAAGCCACCGAGAAUCCUUCGUCGUGGGACAAGAGCUCUGCUAACGGCGGCUCCAAAUCCCCCACCGAUAAUGAACGAGAUGACUGCAGCUCGGCCACGCCCCCAACCGUCCUGCGAGCACCCUUGUCAAAAAGACAAUCCCAAGACCCCGAUCCAGUGUGGGUCCUGCACCUCCUGAAGAAACUGGAGAAACAGUUCAUGAACCACUACAUCACCGCCAUGGCAGAGUUCAAAGUCCGCUGGGACCUGGACGACAGCCUCAUCCUGGACACCAUGAUCGGCGAGCUGAGGGACGAGGUGAGCCGACGCAUCCAGAGCAGCGUCGAGUGCGAGGUGAGGAAGAUUCACAGUCGUGCCGGCAGAGGGGGGAGAUUGCCCCGGCCGCCGCAAAAAGGGAACCUCUCCAGGGAGUCGACCAUGAUGGAGAAGAGGCGUCGGAUAUUGAAGGUCAUGAAGAACCAGUCAUUGAAAACUGCUGAGUCCUUGAGCGACGGAGAGACGACGGGUGAGUGCAGCGACCAGCGGAGCGACGACGAGUACUGCCCCUGUGAUGCUUGUGUUCGCAAGAAAAUGGACGCCCGGCCACUCAGAGCGAACCCGCUGGCGGCCGAAGCACCUGUGAUGAUGGAGUUUGACCUCCUUAAGAUACUGCAGCUGAAGAAAAGCCCUGCAGCUGUGCCCGCAGAAUCUGCGGCGGCGGGAGGUGAUGGUGAGGUCACAGACGAGGAGGUGAGGAGUUUAGAGGUACUGCAAGAGGUAGAGGAGGAGGAGGAAGAGGAGGAUGAAACAAAAGAGGAUAUCAAAGCUCAUGUUGUUUUAGAGGAGACGAUCCCGGAGGAAGAUGAGGAAAUGGGCAAAGAAGAGGAUGGGGUUGAGGCAGGAGAAGGGGAGGAGGUAGAAGCUGAAAAGGAGGAAAGUAGUGCAGGUGAUGAGGAGCAGGAAGAAACAGGUGGUGAGGAAGCAGGGGAGGAGGAGUCAUCAGAAAAUGGUGAGGAAGAGGAGGAGGCAGAAUGCAAGUGCCAGUCUGCUAGAAAUGAAGAGGGAGAGGAGGAAACAGCAGAAGGAGAAGAUGCUGAGGAAACUAACGACAACACAGGUGAGGACGAGACAGGGGAGGAAGAGGGGGAGACAGGAACAGGGGAAGAGGAAGAGGAGAGUGACAAGGAGACGGUAAAAGAGGCAGCAGCAGGAAAAGGAGAGACCACUGAAAAUGUCGAGGGUGAGGAGGGUGAGGAGGAAGAGGUGUCUGAAUUUAAGGAGGAAGAAGAAGAAACGACAGGCAGGGAAAGCGGAGGAGAAGAGGCAUCUGGGGAAACGGAGGAUGACAACGCUGCAAAAAAAGAAGAAUCCACGCUGGUGGAGGAGUUCGGAGAGGGAAACAUCAGCGCCUCAGCAGACGAUGAAGAUGACGGGGAUGAAGGUGCUGAAGAGGGGGAGUCACAUGGAGACGAAAAGGGAGGAGAGAGUGAAGAGCAGGGAGGGGAGGCAUCAGAGGAGGAAAGAGCCUCAUCAAAGGGCCAGGGCGUGACGGCGACCGAGGGAGAGGAGGCCGACGCAGAAGACUCAGACACCGACGGCAAACGUCCGAGCGACACCAGUGCCGAUGAUUCGGGACCCGAGGGGGCCAGAGCCACGGGAGAGGAAGAUGCUGUCGAAGAGUUCCAGACUGAGGAGGAAGGGGACGGAGAGGUGAACAAAAGGGUGGAUGUCGCUCUCCUCCAUCAGUACACCAGGACCUCUAUGGAGUCCCAGUCCGGCUCCCUGGAGGACGUCGACACAGACGCGCACCAUCACCCUGUCAUCUCCAUAGAAGUGCCCAAAAUGGCUGGCGGUGGAUCGGCUAGCGGCGGCACGGGUCAGAGGAGAAGCCGCUCGCCGGGCAGGGUCAAAUGCCGCAAACCCAAAGAGACCGACAGCGAACUGGAUGACUUUUGA